AUGUUGGAGUUCCAUGUGGACAGUUGUCACCGCCCUGCCAACUCAUUCAUGCCAAAGGCCACUGGCUGUGGAGAGGACGACUGUCCAGCCGGCUACACAUGUGAGGACGACGAGCCAGGCCGUACCUGUUCUGUGUCGUCCAGCGGAGCUGGCAAGUGCUGCAACUUCAAGGCCAAGUGUGUGCCCGAUCCCAAUGCAGGCCAGGAGACCAAUGAUACAUUGAUCGAUAUGUCCGACGAGGAGGGCACAUACAUUCCUCCACAGUUCAUACCGGGCAAGUCAAACUUCCCAACAUGCUCUGCUGUGAAAUGCCCGACUGGAGCCAAGUGUGUGGUCGACCCCAAGGUUGGCGCCGUAUGUCGCAAGUCCUGCAGCCAGAAGUGUCCGACAGGCCAGAGCUGCUUCCAAUCCAACGGAACUACCGGAUGCAUGGGUCGCUGCAGCACCAUGCCCAAGUGUGCCAAGGGCUUUAUCUGUGUGGAUGAUCCCGUGCUCGGAGGCAACUGCCAGAAGAUCAGCUGUAACAACACUGUGUGCGCCAAAGGCAAGAAGUGCGUGGUGGACGCGUCCACCGCCGAGGGUGUGCGCUGCGUCGGUCUGAACUACACCGCCUGCGCUGCAAUGUCCUGUCCCAAGGGCGCAGCAUGCUCUGACACGCCCAAGGGUGGAAAGUGUGUCAAGAUCCCGCCUUGCUCGCUCAAGAUCUGUCCCCCAGACAGUAAGUGCAAGUUCAAUGCGACGAAUGAGUGGUGCAGGACCAGCGCCAACUGCACGACCUACGAGUGCGAGGAGGGCUCAGACUGUGUCGAUGACGAGUUUACCGGCGCAACAUGCAUCAAGCCGGGUCCAUCCUGCAACGACCUUGUAUGUGACGCCGGCAUGAAGUGUGUAGAGAGCGAUACGGUCGGCCCAUACUGUGUUGCCACGCCAUGUGGUGAUCUGAACUGCACAGCCAACCAAACCUGCAUCAUCGACACAGUCACCAGCGCGACCGAAUGUCGCGACAAGCCCGCUCCACUCCUCCAGCCUGUGAAGCGCACGAUCAACUGCAGCACGAUUGUCUGUGCGAAUGGUACGUUCUGCCAGGAGGCGCCCAACAAGCUUCCAUCAUGUGUGCCCAAGCAAGUCUGCACGGCUGCGUUGUGUGGUCCAGAGUUUAGAUGUAUCGACGACAUUACAAUGGGCGGCAAGUGUAUCCAAAAGAACUUGGUCACCUGUGAGAUGAUCAAGUGUCGAGCAGGCUACAGAUGUAUCGAGAGCGUGGCCAAUGGCGGCGACUGCGUGAAGAAUGGCACGGUCAUCCCCACGCCAGCGCCCACGACUGCACCGCAUCGCAGCACUGGACCUAUCGGCAGCAACAACAUCACUGUCACCGACGCGGAUGCCUGUGCCAGUUUGGAGUGUACGGUUGGCCACAUCUGCAUGCCCGACCACCAAGGCUACCUCUGCGCCGACGCUGACAACUGUAGCAAUAUGUACUGUCCCACCGGAUACGAAUGUUUCGCACAUACCAACAAUGUAGGAUACUGUCGUCGCAUUACCUGUGCCACACUGAACUGCAAGAAGCCUCUAAGACAACCAUCACCUCCACAACUUAAUAAUAGUAUUGGAUCGUUGGCCAAGGAGACUCUGGCCAGUCCAACAACACAAAGACAUAAUAAUGAACAAGCACAACAACAACAAGCACAACAGAUACAGCAACAACAACAUAAACCGAUAACAUUGAACAAGCCAACUGUUGAUGUUCCAGAUGACUAUGGACUGCUAAGUAAGGAACAGUUCCAUCUGGCAAGCUAUGAGACAUACUUGUUGCUCAACAGGAUUAACAAGCCAUCAUUGGACCCAAAUGUAUGA